CGUGGAGCUGCUCCACCCGGCCCCCGGGCCCCCAGCUGCUUCCCUUCUCUGCCUUCUAAGGACACAGGAGGCUCAGCUGAGUGAAGGCCUACAGGGAUCCACAAAUGGCCCCGAGUAUCUCCCUCAGUGACCUUUGCAGGCACCCUGGGCAGCCUGGAGGGCCCUGGCACACAGGGGCCGAUGGCUGUGGCUCGCUUUGCUGUGGCUCCCAGCUUCCCCCCUUCCUCGGGUGCCCGGUGGAGACCAGAGAAUGUCUCACGUGGAUCCCCGCCCCAGCCCGCCCCAAGGGGCAGGCAGGUGAGGGCUCCCUUGUCAGUCCCUCCUCCUUGACUCUGUCUCUUCCUGCCUGUGGGCUUGGGCUCACCGCUGGGGCGCGGAGGGAGGGAGGGCCGCAAUUUCCAUCCAGGCCCUGGGCCGCCAGCACGUCACCGCUCUCUCCCACCGAGGACACAGCCAGCAGCUCCUGCCAUGGACAGGUGGUACCUGGGUGGCAACCCCAAAGGGGAUGUGGACCCAUUCUACUACGACUACGAGACCGUCCGCAAUGGAGGCCUGAUCUUUGCUGCCCUGGCCUUUGUCGUGGGGCUCAUCAUCAUCCUCAGCAAAAGACUCCGCUGUGGGGGCAGAAAGAAACACCGGCAAGUCAACGAAGAUGAGCUGUAAUGCUGGAGUCUGCCGUGCCCCCGUUGCACUGGGGUCAUUGGGAAGCCUUCCCUGAGCCGUAGACCUUUGUCCCCAGCACCGCCAGGCCCUCGGCUGAAGGAAGCGCCAGGCUCCGUGUGACCCCUGGGUGCACAUGGCCUCCUCCCACCUCUCGGCCGCCUCCUGUUAAUAAUAAAGCCAGCCUCAGAGAUGGCUCCUUC